AUGCAGCAGAACUCGAGGGGCGCCCCCGAGCAGAGGAGCGGUAAGCGCAAGGUUCCUAGCAAGAGGAAGCUUACCGAUCAGGAGGAAUCGCCCCAACAACCUCCAAAUCAGCAAGCGACCAUCUCGGAGCUCCUCCACCGGAACAAAGCGCAAGACGAACUUCCAUCGCCAACGACCAAGCGAGUGCGAGCAUCUCUCUCGUCCCUACCACCGAACCAACCCGGCUCCGGCGAAAUGUACAGCUUCUCAAACGCAGGAUCAAAACCGAGUGGUCCGAAUACUGGAGGCCCUGUCUUGUCGAAUUCCGCCCUCCAGCCUCGCCCUGGCAAUGCGCCAUCCCAUCAGAGCAACUUCACGCCGCAUACUGGAGCGAAGAGACUGGUUGUGAAGAAUUUGAAGACGGGCGGCCGCUUAAAUCGGGAUUCAUACUUUGAUAAAGUGUGGGGUCAAUUAGAUGCGGCCUUAUCGGCAAUCUUUAGUGGCGGGAAGCCGGAGAUAUCACUCGAGGAGCUAUACAAGGGGGCCGAGAAUGUAUGUCGUCAGGGCCGGGCUGCGGAGCUGUCAAGGCGGCUUCAAGAACGAUGUCGGGAGCAUGUUGUAGGGAAAUUACAUGAUUUUCUAGUCGACAAGGCCCAGAUGGGAUCCAAUAUCGAUACAUUGAGGUCUGUGGUAGAGGGGUGGAAAGUAUGGCAGUCAAUGUUGGUUACCGUGCGCUGGAUCUUCUAUUACCUUGACCAGUCCUUUCUCCUUCACUCCAAAGAACAUCCCGUAAUUCGAGAGAUGGGAUUAAUACAGUUCCGACAGCAUAUAUACUCCGAUUCCACAUUACAACAAAAGAUACUCCAGGGCGCCUGUGAUCUCGUCGCUGCGGAUCGCAACGAGGACCACAGAAUCCUUGCCGACUCCUCACUUCUUCGGGAUUCUAUUGAACUAUUCCACGGUCUUGAUGUUUAUGUUUCCGGGUUAGAACCUGUGCUUAUUGCGGGUUCGAAGGAAUUUUUUUCCCUGUGGGCUGAACAAGAAGCAUCCGGAUAUCUCGCGUCAUAUGUGGAAAAUAGCCAUCGCUUGAUUGAGCACGAGAUGAAUCGUUGUGAACAAUUUUCGUUCAACAAGACCACUAAACAGAAGCUGUCUGAACUGCUCGACCAAACUCUAGUAACAGACCAGGAAGAUGUCUUGUUGAAUCAGAAAGACAUUCUUGGUUUGCUGCGAGUAGGGAACAAAGUUGCUCUAGCACAACUUUACACACUCCUUGAGCGAAAGGAUCUUGGCGCCAAACUGAAAGGCGCCUUCAGCGCAUACAUUGUGGAGGAAGGGACGGGCAUCGUUUUCGAUGAAGAGAAAGAUGCGGAAAUGGUGGCCCGUUUGUUGGACUUUAAGAAGCAACUUGACAAUAUCUGGAAUGAAUCAUUCCGUCGAAAUGAAGAUCUCGGUCACACUCUCCGCGAGGCCUUUGAGACUUUCAUGAACAAGGGCAAAAAGUCGGACUCCACGGGUGGUACUGACAACCCGAAGACCGGGGAGAUGAUUGCGAAAUACGUAGACAGGCUUCUCCGGGGAGGAUGGAGACUAGCCCCUACGCGAGAAGCAGAGGACAUGCCACUCGCGGAUGAAGAUGCGGAGAUCAACCGACAGUUAGAUCAGGUGUUAGACCUGUUCCGCUUCGUCCAUGGAAAGGCUGUCUUCGAGGCUUUCUACAAAAAUGACCUUGCGCGUCGCCUCUUGAUGGGCAGAAGCGCAAGCGAUGAUGCAGAGAAGAGCAUGUUAUCAAGGCUCAAGAUAGAAUGCGGCUCGAGUUUCACGCACAACCUCGAAUCCAUGUUCAAAGAUAUGGAAGUCGCUCGGGAUGAGAUGGGUGCUUAUAGUUCCAUUCAGCGAGAGCGACAAACUCCUCUUCCAGUUGAUUUGCACGUCAGUGUGCUAUCCCAGUCGGCAUGGCCAACAUACUUGGAUGUCCCAGUGCGGAUACCGCCGGAGAUCGCAACCGCCAUCAGCGACUUUGGGAGGUUCUACGACAGCAAAUACAAUGGUCGGAAGCUCACAUGGAAGCACCAGCUAGCACACUGUCAGAUACGGGCAAGGUUUCCGAAAGGAAACAAGGAACUUGUCGUCAGUUCAUUCCAGGCGGUUGUGCUACUCUUAUUCAAUGAACUCCCAGAUGGGGGCACACUUAGCUAUCGCCAGAUCCAAGAGGCCACCACACUAUCGGACAAAGAGCUUACGCGGACGCUCCAGUCUCUUGCAUGCGCCAAAUACCGAGUUCUCAGCAAGAAGCCUAAAGGUCGGGAUGUUAAUGAGACCGACGAGUUUGCUUACAAUCCAACGUUCACCGACCCGAAAAUGCGAAUCAAGAUUAACCAGAUCCAGCUGAAGGAGACGAAAGAGGAGAACAAGACGACUCAUGAACGGGUCGCUGCUGAUCGUCACUACGAGACUCAAGCAGCAAUUGUGCGGAUAAUGAAAAGCCGUAAGAGCAUCACACACGCCGAACUGGUGGCGGAAGUCAUCAAGGCGACGCGGAGCCGCGGUGUUCUUGACCCAUCGGAUAUCAAGAAGAAUAUUGAGAAGUUGAUCGAGAAAGAUUACAUGGAGCGCGACGAUGGAAACAGAUAUCAAUAUGUAGCCUAA